AUGUCUAUGGGUAGUAAACCUGAAGUCUUUCAUUCUGAUGAUAUAACAUCGGAAUAUUUGGAGGAAACAUUACCUGGAAGACCAGUUGAUUUAAAAUGUUUAAGAGGAGCAUCAUAUAAUCAAGGUCAACGACAUCCACAACCUUAUGAUCAUUUCAAUAAUAAUUAUUUAAAUUCAAAUGAAUUACCAAAUUCUUCAUCAACUGCAUAUUCUUCAUCAACUCCACCUUUCAAACUUACAUCACAACAAGAUUUAAAUUUUAACAAUUUACCUAAUGUAGCACCAACUUCAGGUUUAGAAAGAGCUGCAACAAAUAAUUCUAAAAUUGAACCACAUUUAUAUACAAGAUGGCAAAAAAUUAGACAUGCAUUUCGUGAACCAUUUGCAGAAUUUUUAGGAACAAUGAUUUUAGUUAUGUUUGGUGAUGGUGUUGUAGCACAAAAAGUUUUAUCAAAAGGUGAAGCUGGUAAUUAUACCACUAUUGCAUUAUCUUGGGCAACCGCUGUUUUUUUAGGGUAUACCGUGAGUGCAGGAAUUUCUGGUGCACAUUUAAAUCCUGGUGUUACUUUAUCAUCUGCAGUUUUCAGAAAAUUCCCAUGGAGGAAAGUUCCUGGAUAUGUAUUUGCUCAAACAUUUGGUGGAUAUAUUGGUGGGUUAUUAGUUUAUGCAACAUAUGUUCAAUCCAUAAAUGAAUUUGAAGGUGGUGUUGGUAUUAGAACUGUUGGUGGUGAAACUUCAAGUGCAGGAUUAUUUUGUACAUUUAGUCAACCUUAUUUGAGUACUGGUGGACAAGUUGUAUCAGAAUUAGUUUCAAGUGCUUUGUUACAAUUGGGUAUAUUUGCAAUGACUGAUCCUUAUAAUAAUCCAUUAGGUCAAUCAUUCCCAUUUGGAUUAUUUUUAUUAAUUUAUGGAAUUGGUUCAUCAUUUGGUUAUCAAACUGGUUAUGCAAUAAAUUUAGCAAGAGAUUUUGCACCAAGAUUAGCAGCAGCUACCGUGGGUGGAUAUGGAUCUGAUUUAUUCACAGCUGGUAAUUAUUAUUUUUGGGUUCCUUUAGUUAUUCCAUUAAUUGGAUGUUUACUUGGUGGAUUAAUUUAUGAUGUUUUAAUUUAUCAAGGACAUGAUUCACCAUUAAAUAGAGCAGAUUUUGGAAUGCAUGAACAAAGUGAACAUAUUCGUCAAUUUAAAUUGAAAGAUAUGAAGCCAGAUUUUAAUGUUGAAGCUCAUGCACAAAAAGAAGGUGGACCAGGGUUUGUUGGUAAUAUUGUAUGA